AUGCAGAGUCCAGACAUCAACAGUUUCCAGUCGGACAAACUGGCCUCUAGCGUAUGUAAAAAUCUUUGGUAUAAAAUCACAUGUACCAACCAGCAUUUGAAGAAAGGACAAACAAUUCUGAAUCCUCUUCAAGACGCACUAAGCAAUGCCACAGCCAAGACGCACAUCAGCAUACAGACAAAAGCUACUCUAAAAUUUGGACUGAGCAGUGUGCGUUUCCACCAACGAAGACCCUCAACAAGAGGACAGUUGAUAAGUUCCAUCAAGAGAUAUUUUGCCAAUGUGGGUGACAACACAAAUCAAAGUAGGCACAUUCUACAUGUGUUAAGUUUUGGCCAGGCGUUCCCUCGUGCUGGGGACCCGGUGAUAAAAAUUGGGAACGACGGACAACUUUCUAAGGGAAAUCAUUGUGCCUCAAAACACGAAUGUCUUCCUCAAAUCCCCGAGGAAAUGCUAAUAAAGGAUGAAUAA